CGGGCAAGAGGAAGACCUCCAGGAGCUCCCCGCGCAGCGCGGCUGUGUUUGCGGCCUGUGCGAGUAGGCUUUUGGGAACCAGUCUUCCUGACGAGCGGCGUCCAGAUUUCUCGAACCGGUGGAGUCCACUCAUAACCUGGAGCCUAGAAGGCUGCGAGAACAGUACCGUUUUCUCAGCGGCGGACUGCUGCAGUAAGAAUGUCUUUCCCCCCUCAUUUGAAUCGCCCUCCCAUGGGAAUUCCAGCCCUCCCACCAGGGAUUCCACCCCCACAGUUUCCUGGCUUUCCUCCACCUGUACCUCCAGGGACUCCCAUGAUACCUGUACCAAUGAGCAUUAUGGCUCCGGCUCCAACUGUCUUGGUACCCACUGUGUCCAUGGUUGGAAAGCAUUUAGGAGCAAGAAAGGAUCAUCCUGGCUUGAAGACUAAAGAAAAUGAUGAAAAUUGUGGUCCCACUACCACAGUUUUUGUUGGCAACAUUUCUGAAAAAGCCUCAGACAUGCUUAUAAGACAGCUCUUAGCUAAAUGUGGCUUAGUUUUGAGCUGGAAGAGAGUCCAAGGAGCGUCUGGAAAACUACAAGCUUUUGGAUUCUGUGAGUAUAAGGAGCCUGAAUCUACACUUCGAGCACUCAGAUUAUUGCAUGACCUGCAGAUUGGAGAAAAGAAGCUGCUUGUUAAAGUUGAUGCAAAGACAAAGGCGCAACUAGAUGAAUGGAAAGCAAAGAAGAAAGCUUCCAAUGGGAAUGCCAGGCCAGAAACCGCCCCUAAUGAUGAUGAAGAAGCCUUAGAUGAAGAAACAAAAAGAAGAGAUCAGAUGAUUAAAGGGGCCAUUGAAGUUUUAAUUCGUGAAUACUCCAGUGAGCUAAAUGCCCCCUCACAGGAAUCUGACUCUCAUCCCAGGAAGAAGAAGAAGGAAAAGAAGGAGGACAUUUUUCGUAGAUUUCCAGUGGCCCCGCUGAUCCCUUACCCACUCAUCACUAAGGAGGAUAUAAAUGCUAUAGAAAUGGAAGAAGACAAAAGAGACUUGAUAUCCCGAGAGAUCAGCAAAUUCAGAGACACACACAAGAAACUGGAAGAAGAGAAAGGCAAAAAGGAAAAAGAAAGACAGGAAAUUGAGAAAGAACGGAGAGAAAGAGAGAGGGAGCGUGAAAGGGAACGAGAAAGGCGAGAACGGGAACGAGAAAGGGAAAGAGAACGUGAACGAGAGAAGGAGAAGGAACGGGAGCGGGAACGAGAACGAGAUAGGGACCGUGACCGGACCAAAGAAAGAGAUCGAGAUCGGGAUCGAGAGAGAGAUCGUGACCGGGAUCGAGAAAGGAGCUCGGAUCGAAACAAGGAUCGGAGUCGAUCAAGAGAAAAGAGCAGAGAUCGAGAAAGGGAACGAGAGCGGGAACGGGAGAGAGAACGGGAACGGGAGCGCGAACGAGAACGAGAGCGAGAGAGAGAGCGAGAGCGGGAACGGGAGCGCGAGAGAGAGAAAGACAAGAAACGCGACCGAGAAGAAGAUGAGGAAGAUGCAUAUGAACGAAGAAAACUUGAAAGAAAACUCCGAGAGAAAGAAGCUGCUUAUCAAGAGCGCCUUAAGAAUUGGGAAAUCAGAGAACGGAAGAAAACUCGAGAAUAUGAAAAGGAGGCUGAAAGAGAAGAAGAAAGGAGAAGAGAAAUGGCAAAAGAAGCUAAACGACUAAAAGAAUUUUUAGAAGAUUAUGAUGAUGAUAGAGAUGAUCCCAAAUAUUACAGAGGAAGUGCUCUUCAGAAAAGGUUGCGUGAUAGAGAAAAGGAAAUGGAAGCUGAUGAGCGAGAUAGGAAGAGAGAAAAGGAAGAACUUGAGGAAAUCAGGCAACGCCUUCUGGCAGAAGGACACCCGGAUCCAGAUGCGGAGCUCCAGAGGAUGGAGCAAGAGGCUGAGCGACGCAGGCAGCCACAAAUUAAACAAGAGCCAGAAUCAGAAGAGGAAGAAGAAGAAAAGCAAGAAAAAGAAGAAAAACGAGAAGAACCUGUGGAAGAGGAAGAGGAACCAGAACAAAAACCUUGUCUCAAACCUACUCUGAGGCCCAUUAGCUCUGCCCCAUCUGUUUCCUCUGCCAGCGGCAAUGCAACACCCAACACUCCUGGGGAUGAGUCUCCCUGCGGGAUUAUUAUUCCUCAUGAAAACUCACCAGAUCAACAGCAGCCUGAGGAACAUAGGCCAAAAAUAGGACUAAGUCUAAAACUGGGUGCUUCCAAUAGUCCUGGUCAGCCGAAUUCUGUGAAGAGAAAGAAACUACCUGUAGAUAGUGUGUUUAACAAAUUUGAGGAUGAAGACAGUGAUGAUGUGCCCCGAAAAAGGAAACUGGUUCCCUUGGAUUAUGGUGAAGAUGAUAAAAAUGCUGCCAAAGGAACUGUGAACACUGAAGAAAAGCGUAAACACAUUAAAAGUCUCAUUGAGAAAAUCCCUACAGCCAAACCAGAGCUCUUUGCGUAUCCCCUGGAUUGGUCUAUUGUGGAUUCUAUAUUGAUGGAACGAAGAAUUCGACCUUGGAUUAAUAAGAAAAUUAUAGAAUACAUAGGUGAAGAAGAAGCUACGUUAGUUGAUUUUGUUUGUUCUAAGGUUAUGGCUCAUAGUUCACCUCAGAGCAUUUUAGAUGAUGUUGCCAUGGUACUUGAUGAAGAAGCUGAAGUUUUUAUAGUCAAAAUGUGGAGAUUAUUGAUAUAUGAGACAGAAGCCAAGAAAAUUGGUCUUGUGAAGUAAAAACUCUUUGACAUUUGGAGUUCCAUUUCAGAUUUCUUCUUUCCCACUCUUCAAAGGACUUUGGAUUUUUCUUUGUCUUCAGAGAUAUUUGUGAGAUCUGUAAUUUUUUUUAUGUAGAAAAAUGUGAAUUUUUUUGCGCUCUAAUUUGUUGGUGCCCUGUGUACUCCAUUGGUUGUAAAGUCACCUGAAUCCUUGGUUCUCUUUAUACUCACCAGGUACAGAUAACUGGUAUGUUUUAUAAGCAACUGCUGUACACAGCCUAUCUCAUAUAAUCUUGUUCUGCUGAUUUAUUCCUUGUAAAUAUUAAAAUGACUCCCCAGUUCUUUUGCAGAAUUUCACUUAAUGUUGAAUUGUGCUAUACAGGAACUUACAUGAACAAUUUUGAUUGAAUACCAAUCAUAUCCGUUAGACCCACACUCCUACCCCUCCUUUGAUCAAAAGUGGCAAGCCGUCCUGAAGCCGUCCUGAAGGCAUGGAAUUUGAAUUUAGAAUGCGAAGUUAGACAAUCCAUUCCUAUUAUAUCUCUGUGUGGAUGUAUUCGUGUGAAUGUAUGUGUAAAAGUUUUCUUUUCCCUAAUUUGCUUUGGUAGUGUCCCUUUAGCAUUUCCUAACUGAAGAAUAGAGUUGUCAAGGAAGGUGAUACUGUGCCAACCCAAAUGUCUAGUAUAAUUAAGUUUGUUGGUUUCUCAGAUCUUGGUAUUCCUCUGUGGUGAGCAACAGUUUACUGACAGGAGGGGAUUUCCCUGUUGAUGGCUGGCUGCUUCACCUUCUCUUUUAAAGGAGUGUGGAUCUUAGUGUUUUUCCCUCAUAAUUUCAUUGCCUAGGAAUGGGGCAGAUCUUAGAAUUCUGGAGAGUUUUAUUUAAUUAUUUUUUUGCACUAAUUUGCCUUAGUUUAAUUUUUAUAUACCCUUUUGUUUAAAACAACAACAACAACACUUCAUUCUGAAUGCUAAGUGAGAAGAAACCUUUAUAAAAGCAAAAUAUAAAAUUAGGCAAGUUUUCAGAUUAGGAGAGUUUGACAAAACAGUAGGAUUUCAGCUUGACAAUUUAUAAAGUUUACAUCUUAUUUCCAAAGAUAAAGUAAAUCAUUCAGGGCAGUUACCAACUACUAAUUUUUAUCCCUCUUCAUCAAAGUUUAAAAACAGACUGGUGCUUGGAGACAUACCUGGGGCUUUGUUCAUGAUACGUCAGAAUUUACACUAGGGAGCAAAAUUAACCUGAAAAUGUAUCAAGUUUCAAAUAGUUCUUAAAACAAAUUAGGUGGAGCUGUUUCCAUGCCUGAGUAUUUCUUUGAAGAAAUAUGAAAAUUGGCCUGUUAGAAAAAUCUGUGAGCUUGAAUUACUUUUUUUUAUACACAUCUUGAGAGGACAUUUGGAAAUACUGUUCUUAAAUUUGAACCAUGACAUGGUUCCAUUAUGUAAAUAUUUCAAAUAUUAAAAAUGUAUAUAUUUGAUCUUGGGGACUCAUUCUUUGAGCUUCUUGUAAAUAAAUGGCAUCAUGUUGAAAUUGUGUGGUGCAUACUAGAAAACUUAAAAGUAUGGGCUGAAUUUUUUAUGGACUGGAUUUUUAUGACUUGUUAUCAGAAGGUCAAAGAGGCCAUUUACUUUAUUUUGGAAGAAUCUAAUAUGCAUCUAUGGAAAUACCUCUAUAUAUAGUGUUGUAACUUUUACAUUCUGGUUUCUCAAGGGAAAAUCUCAGGAAGAUGCCCCUUGCCAUUUACAAACUUACUUUCUAGUCAAUCCUUAGAUUCAGUCCCCCAACCAAUCUCAGACCUUAUUUGAGCAGUUUAUUAUGCCUCUGCUUUUUCUUAACUUACUGUAUAGUUAGUACUUCUAAGACAUACUAGGUUUUGUUAUUUAGCAGCUGAUAGCAUGAAGAUGAAGUAGGUUUCAUUUCCCUUGCUGUUCCCUUCUCUUUGAGUUUGACUUAUCUUUUACAGCUUAUCUGAAAACCUCCAGGGAGGUUUUUGGCAGGACCCCAGUUCACAUACUAAGAUUUCUUCAGUGGAGUCUAAAUGGUCAAAGUGAUUAGAGUCAGGACAAUGAAAUGAAUAGCCUAAUGCCAGUUCACAUCAACUGUUGGCUUCAUGAUGAACCUGUAGGUUUUCAGAGUUUAUUGUUUUUCCAAAUUCCAUAUAAAGAGUUGGACGUGUAUAAACUGGUGUAUUCUAGUAUUUGGGAAAAUACACAUAAGAAGUUUCUAUUAAACCUAUUAACUGUCUAGGCUUUCUUUAUAUAAGCUGAGACAUCCUCAGUUUAGAAACUCUGGGUUCAUAUUGUCUGUUCAGGUUGUUAUAAUAAAUUGUUUGGAAGUCUUAACCAUUCUUGAUUCGGCAGUUAGAAAACUACAAAGCAUUUCCUUAUUUGACCCUAAAAAUAAUGUAGUUUUAAAUAUGUACAUAUAUGUACAAGGAGGAAAGGUAAGUAUAAACUUAAGUGUGCACCUGAAUCACGUCGCGGGGGGAGGGGAUGUUAAAACAGAAUUAAAGAUUUAGAGGCCUGGGGUGUGGUCUGAGGUAUUGACCCAGGCAAUGCUAACAAUAACUGCUGAAAGUACUACACUUUGACACUUUCAUGUGUCACUUCAGAAUUACUUUAUCCUGACAGACUACACAAAUGCAGCUUUUAUAAAAAGUAGACUUUUAAAGAGAAGAACAUUUUUAAGGCGAAUAUUCAUAUUAUGUUACAUUUAUUAACAUAAAGUAGUCUUCCACACUGAUGUGUGAGAACAGCCCUAACAGGCUUUAAUUCUAGCCAGCCCCUGAAGUUUUCUACUUAAGAAAACUUUGGUUCUUAAUUGGGAUCUUACCAUAGUGCUUCGCUCCUAUACAUUGGUUUAAAGUAGUGAGUAUGUGGAUAGUACUGUUUCAUUUAUUCAUCAGAUAGUAAUACCAGAUCUGGUGCACAAACUGAGAAAACAUUGGGCUUAAGAGCUAAAUUGAACUGAGCACUAUAUCCUUCAUUUUUCUCUCUCUUCAUAUAAAGUAAUAAUUUUUAAAUACAAGUAAGAGUAAGCAGGUAUAUGAUGUUUAUAUGAUACCUGUGUGGUCAACUUUUUCUGAUAAGUUCUAUGGAUGUCACAAAUUAAUACCCAAGAACUGCUGAAAGGUUUUAUGUCAAAUGGUUACAGGUUUUUCCUCUUUAUAUUUCAGCCUUCUGUUAACAGUAUGAAAUUCAAGAACAGUUUGUUAGCAAACAUGAAAUAGAUUUGUAAAUGCCGUUGGAGAUAAGAGGGUAUGAGAAAGAAUCCCAAGCAAGUAGUCUGGGUGUCAAGAAGGAAAUGGGAAUAGAAUACACUUUAGACCCAGAAGCUAUUAAUAUCACAUUCAUACCAUAGACCAAAGUGAGUUUAUAGUUAGAUUAGACUGAUAGAUUCUUUUCACAUGUGACUAUGGUAAAUUAUUGCAAUAUUUAUGUUUGUCUAUUUGUACUUGAUUGCUUGCCUUUCUGUGUGUUUCAUUUACUGAGUCAUGAAAGCCAAAUUAGGAAUAAUAAUUAAAAUACUCAAAAAAAAGAAAAUUUCUAUAAACAAAAAUGAAUAAAAAUUCUUUCCAAGCUG